GAUACACCAAAAGCAUCUGUCUCUGAGCGCAGAAUGUGGCCUGGCUGCUCUGAGCCCAAUGAGAAGGAUUCCAACCAGGGGCGGACUGACAACUCAUGGGGUGCCCGGGGAAUAGGGGAUCAUGGGGCCCCUGUGUCCUUGCCCAAACUCAAAAAAAGCCUAUGAAAAAGGUACCAGGGGCAUCUCAUGGGGCCUCCUACUGACUCCGGGCCCUUGGGCAGUGCCCGAGUUUCCAAAUGGUCCUCCCCUGCUCUAGACUAUUCCUACUCGACUGGAACCUUUCCCUA